AGUAUGAAUGACCUAGAAACAAUUCGAAAGAAAAAUAUAGAACGAAAUAAGGAGUUAUUGAAAAAAUUGAAGCUUGACAGUAUACACUCUUCUAUUCUUGCUUCGGCGAAACCCAAGACCAAACCCUCGUCGCAAUUGAAAGUUAAGGUGGACAAGGCUCUUCCUACAAGACGUUCCAAAAGAUUGCUGAAAGAUCCUCAUGACGCUGCAAUUAAAACACUAGAAGAAGAGCGGGUGCAGAAGGAGCUCUCAACACAAGAGAAAAUGAGAGAAUUAAGACUGUCAAAAUUGAAUGGAAAUUUCCAAAUCAAGGAUCUUCUCGCUGAUUCAAAGCUGGGUAAACUUUUCAAAGAAUAUCUUGUUUAUGGAGAAGGUGGAACUGCAAACGUGGGCUCUGGUUCAGAAACUGAGGAGCAUGAGCCUGAUAUGAGAAGUUCACGUGAACUUGCAGUGCUCCAUCAAUUGAGUCAGAAUAUUACAGAAUUUGAUGACGCAAUGGAAAAACAUACAAAUGAUCAGGAUUUAAGUUUCACUGAUGUACAUGAAAACUUUGCUAAUCUCAAGCUACAUUCACUCACUGAUCCCUCACAGGUUAAACUCACACCUCAUCGGAUCACAUCGAUUUUAUUUCAUCCUUCAACCUCUGAUAGAAUGGCAUUCGCUGGCGACACAAAUGGUUGUCUUGGGAUCUGGGCAGUAGAUCAGAAGACCGAGGCAGAUCAACCGAAUGUGGUCGUAGCCAAACCCCAUGGGCGAGCCAUUUCUAAGAUUUUAGACAUACCCCAGAAACAGACUCAUAUCGCAACAGCUUCAUAUGAUGGCUCUGGUAGGAUUCAUGACCUAACAAAGCAAAGUGUUAUUGAAAAUUUUGAUGUAACCGAUGAACAGGGAAACCCUAUUGGCAUUUCUGAUAUAAAUUGCUCAUCACAACACGUUCUUUAUGCCACUACUAUGAAUGGCCAAUUUGUGCGACACGAUAUGAGAGAAAAUUCCAAAAGCGUUAUGUACCACAGUCUCGUGAGACUUCACGACAAGAAAAUUGGAGGCUUUUCUAUAAACCCUGCAGACGAAUUUCAGAUUGCGACUGCUUCACUCGAUAGAACGAUGAAGAUCUGGGAUCUCCGAAAUGUAUCCAAGCGUAAUUCUCACUCGGACAUAUUAGAUGGGCUUGCUGCACCUUACAAUAGUGAAGGCUAUACUUCGAGACUUUCAAUUUCAAACGUUGAUUGGAACUCUAAUCAACACUUAGUUUGUAAUGGGUACGAUGAUAGAAUCAGGGUAUUUGGUAUCUCAAAUCAGAUCAAGAACAAACCUGCUACCCAUACACAAAGGCGGAAGAAAGCAGCCUCGGUAAAGGGUACUUUUGCUUUGGAAAAAGAGAUCAAACAUAAUUGUCAGACGGGAAGAUGGGUCUCCAUUUUGAAAUCUAGAUGGCAGAAGUCGCCCACGGAUGGGCUUCAGAAAUUUGCCAUUGGGAACAUGAAUCGAAGCAUAGACAUAUACGGCGAAGAUGGGGAUUUAAUUGCUAACUUGUCUGACAUGGAGGCCAUGACAGCAAUCCCUGCAGUAGUCGCUAUACACCCUACAAACAAUUGGGUGAUUGGAGGAAAUUCUUCCGGUAAAGUUUUCAUAUUUAACUAG